AAUUUAUGAAAGAAAAUUUGGAUCCUAUGCCUGCAAUGAUUGACGAACAUCGUUUUAUUCAUAAGUUUCCAUCAAUAACUGUUGAUAACGAUAAAUCUCCCGAAAAACCUCUGAAAGAAAUAUUCACUUUGCCGUUGGAUUAUUUACUGAAGAAAAAAAUAAUAAAAAUUGAAAAAACAGGCAAGUCAAAGUUACCAUCUGUGGGGAUCUCUGAUGAAUGGUACAAACAAUUAAAAAUUGUAAUUUGACAUUUAACCGACUGGUCAUUUUACGGAAAUUUAAGUGUCACUAUUUCUGACUGGUUAAUUACCUAGUCAUUCACCAUAUACUUUACCUUGUAUCAGUGAAUAUCUAUUGGCAAAGUGUUAUCAAUUUGUAUCUCAGUAUCAAAUUGUUGCUGUGUGAGAACUUACAAUAGACCAACAGUGUGUUUAUUGGGAAAUUAUAAGUGACACAAUUAAUAACUGGUUAUUUACCUUAUACUUUUCUUUAUAUAAAAUUGACAUUAUUUCGAUUGGUUUUUUAUCUUGCUUAUACAUCCAGUAAUUUACCUUACACUUAAGGUGUUGUUGUUAUGCCAUUGGUGCCUGAUACAUGUGCUAAAUGCAAGAGACCUGUCAAAACACCUGUCAUUUGUAAUAUUUGUCAACAGCAUUUUCAUCCAGGCUGUGCAAGAGAUUAUAUAAAAAACAGGCCAAUUACUGAUUGCUGCAGGAAACAACUAAAUUAUCUUUUACAAAGUUUAGAUUCAUCGACAGCUACGGUUUCAAAAAGGUUAACCUCAAUUAAAUCAGUUAAUUCAAAUAUAUCCUCAAUCUCAAGUUUCAAAUCAGCCAGCUCAUCUCCACUUGUUCGCUCGUCUACAGCUCGUGCAUCGACCUCCCUCAAAUUACCUGUUACACCAAAUACACCGGUUACACCUGGUCCAGACUCUGUGUUUUAUUCUCCUAUAACAUCCCCAGUAAUGUUUCAGCUACCUACGAACUGGUCUGAAAAAUCGCUUGAUGAUAAGAUAACAGCUUUGAUGGAGCAGUUUUUAUCAGCGAACAUGUCUGUAAAUAAGAAACUUGAAGAACUCGGUACACGAAUUGCCGACCUCAAAGUAUCUCAAGCAACCACUAUGAAUGAACUAUCGGAAGUCAAAUCUAAUGUAAAAAUAAAUGCUGACUCUAUUUCUAAGUUAAAUACAGACAUUGAAAAAUUAAAAGAAGCAAAUGAAGUUGAUAUGAAUAUUAUGCACACUAAACUGAUAGAUCUGAGCAAAUCAAUUAGCUCUGAAAGCAAAGCAACUUCUUCUACAUUACCUACAUUAGGAUGUACAACUGAAUUAGUAAUUUCGGGUAUUCCUGACUCGGUAGCUAAUAAAAUGCUGCCAUUAGAGAUAUCAUCAGCUGUUUUAAAUGCUUUAGAUUUGCCAAAUCUGGUCAGUGAUAUUUUAAGUACACGAAAAUUUGAAAAUAGAAACGGUCCUAGACAAGAUAAGACUAGGACUAGGUAUCAUUCCUUUAUUGUCGAUUUGAAGUCAUCUCGAGUGCGCGACUUCAUUAUUAGCUCGAAACGAAAGUCAAAAAAUCUAUUGGCCAAAACCGUGUUUCCGACUUGUGUUGAGCAGAACUCCGGAGGUACUAUUUACAUCAAUGAGUUUUUACUACCAGAGACACAUAAGCUGCUACUACAAACCAAAGAGAAAGCUAAAUCACAAAAUUUUAAGUAUGUUUGGGUGACUUCCGGGCAGAUCUUUGUUAAAAGAGAUGAUGGCUCUGAAAAAUUUAAAGUAAAUUGUGUUUCUGAUCUUACUAAACUUGUUUAACAUUCAACUGAUUCACCUAGUAUCCCAACUGUAAAUGCCUCAUCCCUGAAUGUACUAAGUUUAAAUAUAAAUAGUGUUGCUGGUCAUAUUGCUGAGUUUCUUGAUUUAGUUGAUAAUACAAAACCUGACAUUAUUGUACUUGUAGAGACUUGGUUAAAGCCUUCACUUGAUAACAAUAUUUUCUCGCUUGAAGAUUACUUUAUUAUACGUAGAGAUCGAAUCUUAAAGCAUACAGAAACUGAUCGUUACAUUCAAGGAGGUGGUAUAGCUUGUCUCAUACAUAAAUCUUUAAAAGCCAAAGUACUUCAUAUCUCAACUUCUGAUCAUCUAAAUCAGCCGGAAUUUUUGAUUGUCGAUGUAACUUUAAUUUCUGGGACUCACCUUUUAUUAUCAUGCAUCUAUCGAAGACCUAAAGGACUCUUUCUCAAUGAGUUC